AACCAAAAUUGUGGAAUGAUGAGUGGACAUUUAUUAGCCUCGGAGCUGUGCCUGCGAUAACACGGUGACGUGAGUGGAAAUUCCAAGUGAGACACGAAACCACCUGGUCACGCGCCACGCACGCCAUGUGGCCGCACCCCAGCCUCCAUGUUCCGCACCUGUCAUAUAAGGGAUCGUCAAACGAUGUUGUUCUUCUUCUCUUCCUAAUGUUGUCAUAUACCAGGGGUUCGAAGCGUGUAACACUACGACAUGUGCGGCUCAAACGAGCGCCAGCCCAUGGUCGAUGAGGAGGAGCUCUCAGCGGACGAAAACGACGCCAAAAACGACAAGCAUAUUGAGAGCGAGACACGCACGAGCUGGUCGUCGCCCUCCCCUCCCCCGCUCACCCCGAGCGUGACCCCCAACUCUUCCCACCCUUCCGCCUCGCGCAGGUCCUCGGAUGAUCUCUCGGCAUCGCUUUCGACGCUCUCUACUCGUUCCGAGCACUCAUACGUCACCCCGAGCAAGCUCACGGGCAUGGCUGUCCGCCCCUUCCCUCGGACUGACUGGAGCAGCGUUACCUUCGCGGAUCUGAACGCGCCGUUCUGGACCCCCAAAGAGGAGACCGAGUGGGCCGGCCGCGAGGCCAGCCGUCGCUGGGCGAUGGCUCUCGAGUCUGGGGAUCUCAAUGACCUCACCAUCGCCGAUUUUGGGGUGGCGGUGUUUGACCACGUCUGCGAAUUGUGUGUUUCCUCCCGUGCCGUCCUGACAGCAGCGUGCAAAGCAACCGGAAAGCGCAGUCCCACCAAGGCGCGCACGGAUGGACGCUCCACACAAACAUCGCCAUUGAGUUCAGCUACAAAGCGGCCGAGUGGCGCCUGCGCGAGGUGUUCUCGCGCGAUCCCCGCGUGGGCGGGUUCUUUGAUCGCGGCCGCGUGUAUUCGUUUGUUCGCGCGGCCCUCAACUGGCAGUGGGUGGGAGGCGCGCAUGGAGGCGGUCGAGGUGGACCCAUGGACCGCCCGCAGCUUGUUCCGUUCGAUCGUAACUGGAUCGCGCGAUACCUUCCUGGAUACCCUCAGCCGAUCGGUCGUCGGGGAUCGGGCGAAAUGGAGAAGGAGAAGUUUGGGCCCCAGCGGAGGCUGUCAGAUGACUGGGUUACCAUUGGACACUGCAUGACCCGCCACGCCGACCAGUGCAAUUGCUACGGCGUGCGGACUACGACUUAGGUGCUGUGCACUAUGAAUGGUGUUGUUGUACUCCUGGGAAGGCUUGGGCGAAAGUUUG